AGUAUGUUAAGUGAAUUGAAAAGGUAAUGAUUAUCACAUAUUUAAUUUAGAAAGAAUAAGCACUCGCAUCUGUUUCAUUUUAAUGGUAGAUUAAGCUAUAAGUGUUUUCCUUUUGCAUGGUAGUACAUGGCGGCGAUUAUCGUUUAAUCUUCAGAUGCAUAGAGUUUAAUGUCAAUGGAGAUUCUGAGUGUAAAAAUGAGAAGAGGUUGAACAGCGGGCAGUUUAGUAAUUCCGAAGUUGAAGUUCCCGUUCUGUUUACGCCUGUUGGAACUUAACCUUUUUCAACCGAGAUGGUAGAAAGAAACUGAUACUAUUCCAAGACUGUAAUUCUUCUUCUCUAAACUUAACCUUUUUUUUUAAUUUUUAAGCUAUUUCAGUACAAUCCAACAAUGUCACGCCCUUGGUUUUCUUUGUAAUAAUCUACCGAAACAACACAGUUCUUUUAUCCUUUCUUUUUCGAAUUUUACUCACAUUCUUCACCCCGCUUAGAUCCCUAACUCUGCAAAUAUUGCACGCAUUGAUUUGAAGGCAAUGGAUUUGAAGAAGCUUUCCUUCCCUGAACAGCUUCGACUAUCUCACGGAAGGAAGGUAGUUUCUGGCUUUGGUUUGGGUGUUUGUGCUUCUAUCAUUGUGCUUACUAUUCUUUUGCUUAGUAACUCUGUGAAGACUCCUAUUUUUGCUCCUUUGUAUCAAGGGUUCAACGGCAUUAGUGGCAAAAAUGCUUCUCAUAUUACUUGCUGGCCUUUUUCAUUUUCAAGUUCUUCGUUUAAUUGUAGCGGUGUUCGUAUGAGUGGUGAUAAACAAGUGAAUAACUCUAUGAAUGUGGUGGGGAAAUCCCAGGAAGCAAAUGUGUCAAGAAUUGUUGAGGGGCAAGGUAUUACUGAACUGGGGAAUUUGACUACCAAUGUUGAAGAUGGAAUUGGAAGGAUUCAAAAUGAAUCACUUGUUGCUAAGAAUGGAAAUUUUUUGGCUUCAAAUGUGGAAGAUGUGAUUUUAGAGAAGAAAGGAAAUUCCUGGGAGGAGGUAAAUAAUAAUGGAAGCUUGAUUGGUGAAAAAGGACAUGCAUGUUGGAAUUGCAGUCUUAAUGCCGAAGAAGAUGAUUAUUGGAAGGGAAGUAUUGAAAGGAAUUAUUCUGUGAAAAUUACAACUGAUGUAAGUAGCAAGGUUUCUGAUAAUAAUAGCAAUUUUAGUAAAUUGUCACAAGAUGGAGGAAUUUUUCCUCAGCCCAAUAACAUGUCAAUAGCUUAUGAUUCUCAACUUAUGAAGAAGCAUGCAAAUUCUUUUGGAAAUUGUGAUAUAUUUGAUGGUAGAUGGGUGAGAGAUGAUUCGAAGCCAUAUUAUCCUGCGGGUUCAUGUCCUUACAUUGAUAGGGAUUUUGAUUGUCACAAUAAUGGAAGGCCAGAUGAUGGUUAUGUUAAAUGGAAAUGGCAGCCGUACGGGUGUGACAUCCCGAGUUUGAAUGCAACUGAUUUUCUUGAGAGACUGAGAGACAAGAAGCUUGUUUUUGUUGGAGAUUCUCUGAAUAGGAACAUGUGGGAAUCUCUAGUGUGUAUACUCCGCUACAGUGUCCAGAACAAGAAAAGAGUCUAUGAGAUUUCUGGAAAGACAGAGUUUAAAAAGCAAGGUUUUUAUGCUUUCCUAUUUGAGGACUAUAAUUGUACUGUGGAUUUUGUUGGCUCACCAUUUCUUGUUAGAGAAUCAUCAUUUAGGAGAAAUGGAUCCAUGGAAACACUACAAUUGGAUUUGAUGGACCAUACAACUUCAAUGUACCACGAUGCUGACAUCAUUAUCUUCAAUACAGGUCAUUGGUGGACCCAUGAGAAAACUUCUAGAGGAGAAGAUUACUAUCAAGAAGGUAAUUAUGUGCACCCACGACUAAAGGUUCUAGAAGCUUAUAAGAGAGCACUCACCACUUGGGCCAGAUGGGUUGAUAAUAACAUUGAUAGCAAUCGAACCCAGGUUUUCUUCAGAGGAUAUUCAGUCACCCAUUUUAGAGGAGGCCCAUGGAACUCAGGAGGACAGUGCCACAAAGAAACCGAGCCAUUCUUCAACGGAACUUACUUACCUAAGUAUCCUUCAAAAAUGAGAGCUCUGGAGCAUGUGCUUCCAGAAAUGAAAUCUCCUGUAGUUUAUUUGAACAUAAGUAGGCUUACUGCUUUCAGAAAAGAUGGGCACCCUGCGAUUUAUAGAAUGGUAUACAAGACUGCCCAAGAACGAGCUGCCGCUGAGGGAGUUCAAGAUUGCAGUCAUUGGUGCUUGCCUGGAGUACCAGACACUUGGAAUGAAUUGCUAUACGCAUCCCUUUUGAGAGCUGGAAUUGGACCUUGGAGAAACUAAACAGAGUUGUACACAAAACAAUUCUUGUACUACUCUAGAUUUUUCCUGCCAAUUUCAUGACCUGCGAGUUUUAUUUCAGCUUGGAAUAGUAUACAUCAAGUUUGUGCCAAUUGGGCAGAUGUACAAAUGGAUUAUGUAUAUUGAUGUUUCAAAUUAAAAACAAUAUAAUUAGGCUUCCAAAUUGGUUGGAUAUUGGUAAGAAUUUUAGAAAGCAAGGUUGGGGGCAGAAGAAUCUGUGACUGGGUUUUUUAUUAGUGGACUUGUGUACCCUGUGGAUUUUGUUUGCAGUUGAUCAAACUUAUCUAAAACUCAACUUGAUUAUUUUCGUUUA